CUUUUCUUUUGUUGAAUGUCGGCAUGAUAUCUGAAUUUUCUAACAUAACGGUACCUAAGCUUCCUUAUUAUCGAGUUCUUUCGAAAAUGUGAUCGAAUUUUGACCUUUUUCUUCCUGCCAUUGUCUGAUUCGAGGUUACUGGGUAAAAAGACUUUUGAUCAGGCUCUUCUUAAGUCAGUGGACUAUCAAUUUUGUUUCCAUGUUUCCAAAAAUGAAUUUUGGGUCGAGUAUGGAGAGACAGGAGGAGGUGUCUAUGGAGGAAUGGAAUGACAGACUCCAACAAGUUCAUCCAACCCGGGCAGACAUGAACAAACUCGUCAUGAAUUAUCUGGUCACAGAGGGUUUUAAGGAAGCUGCUGACAAGUUCCAAAAAGAAUCAGGGGUACAGCCAAUGGUAGACCUAGAACAGCUGGACGAGCGAAUCAAAAUCCGCGAGGCAAUACAGGAGGGACGUAUACAAGAUGCUAUUUCAUUGGUCAACAGCAUUCAACCAGAGCUACUGGACAAUGACAGAUACCUGUAUUUUAGGUUACAGCAACAACAGCUAAUUGAGCUAAUAAGAGAGAAAAAUGUAGAGGCAGCACUCGAGUUUGCUCAGACUCAGCUGGCUGAGCGAGGAGAAGAGAACCCUGAGAUUUUGUCAGAGCUUGAGCGUACACUGGCACUGUUGGCAUUUGAAAGUCCAGAAUUAUCUCCCUUUGGGGAGCUUCUGCAUCCUUCACAAAGACAAAAGGUGGCUAGUGAGCUGAAUGCAGCCAUCCAGGAAAAUGAUUCCACUCCAAAGCUUGCCAAUCUCCUGAAGCUGUUACUGUGGUCACAGGAAGAGCUGGACAAAAAGAAAGUCAAGUACCCCAGGAUGACUGACCUAGCCACGGGGUCACUAGAUGAUUCCAAGUAGUGAGGGGGGAGGGGUGUAACUGGAUGAUUCCAAGUAGCGAGGGGUGGAUCAGACAGAAAUCAGGGGGUGGGGGUGUCACUGGGUGAUGAGGAUGUGUGUACACCAAUAUUUAAAUAAACAUUGCAUCUCCAUUAGUUAAAUAAUGUGAAUAAUGAAAAUUAAAACGCUGUCAAUACAUGUAAAACAUGUGUCUAUAUUGUUCAUUUCCAUCUUGGUUACUCAUGUUAUUCAUAAUUUUUUAAAAUUGUAAAAAGUUUUUGUAAAUAUGUGCAAUUUUGUUCUUGUACAGUUUGCUACGAUGUCAUAAAAUUGUUUGUUUAACUUUAACUUAUUAAAAAGUACAAAUUAAAA